AUGGCGUCUGUGAUGCACCCCGGCGAAAGACUUCGCCGCCUCAUGCAGAGCGGCUGCGUGAUGCUCCCUGGCGCACACGACGGCAUGACAGCGCGGCUUGCAUGCGAGGCAGGUUUCAAGGGACUCUAUGUCUCUGGAGCGGCAUUGAGCGCGACUCAGGGAGUGCCAGACAUUGGCCUUCUCAGCCUCGAGGACUUCACGCGCGCCAUCGCCCAAGCAGCGGCUGUCACAAAUCUCCCCAUUCUCGCCGACGCGGAUACGGGUUUCGGCGGGACAGAGAUGGUCAGGCGGACAGUUUUCGAAUACAACCGCGCCGGUGCCGCGGGAUUGCACAUCGAGGACCAGGAGUUCCCGAAAAAGUGCGGGCAUUUGGACGGGAAGUCCUUGAUUCCUCUCGACGCCAUGGAGGAAAAAAUCAGAGCGGCCGCGGCCGCUGCACAAGAGUGCGCAGACGGCUCCUUCAUCAUCUGCGCGCGCACAGACGCCCGCGGCGUUGAAAGCAUUGACGCGGCAGUAGAACGCGCAGUUCGCUACGCGCAAGCUGGAGCGGACAUGAUCUUCCCUGAGGGACUUCAGACAGAAGCUGAGUUUCAGGCGUUUGCGCAUGCGCUGGCAGUUCUGCCAGGCAAAGCGCCUUUCGGCGGGCCUUACCUGCUGGCGAACAUGACCGAGUUCGGUAGGACGCCGCUCACCCUUCUGACCACCUUCGAGCGCCUUGGAUACCACGCGGUCAUCUACCCCGUGUCUCCCCUUCGAGUUGCGAUGAAAGGCAUCAAAGAGAUGCUUGUUGAUCUGCGGAAGAACGGCUCUGUAGAGAACAGCAUAGAUAAAAUGUAUACGCGGCAGGAACUCUACAAGACUUUGAAGUACACUCCCGCUGAACUGUGGCAGUUUCCAUCGCCGAGUUCAGCGAACGAGGAAAACUGA